CUGCCGCACGUGCGACGCGGUGCACGAACGUGCCACCUGCUGUGAGCCUACAAAGGCAGGGAUGUCAUGGUCGAAGGUCGCUUUCGGGGCGGCGAAGUGUGCGAAGGGUGUCGUGGAGCAUGAGACGGCUUUCAAGACAGCUCUAAAGGGAGGCAUCACAGUCGUCGACACCAGCGCGAAUUACAUGGGCGGAAACAGCGAGCUCUUGGUGGGUGAGGGGGUCGAUCGGUGGCUGGCCUCUGGCGAAGGCAAAGACACGAGCAUAACGGUGGUGUCCAAGUUCGGCUACGCCGCGGCGGGCUCGAAACUCCCAGGAGUAGCGCACGUCGUGCCCGGUCUCUCCCACUCCCUCCACCCAGAUUUCUAUCGACACGAGCUGUCGGCUUCCACCGGUCGCUUCGGGGCCACCGAGAUAGGCGCGUACCUCGUGGAGCACCCGGAGCACCACCUCGCCCUCAAGCUAGGACUCGCCGGCGGCGAGAACGCCUCCGCGACCGGGGACGGUGGCGGUCCGUCCCCGCCCAGCCAGGCCCAGCUAGACUUAGCUCGGGGCUCGUUCUACGAGGAGAUGGCGGCCUUGUUUCAGGCGAUGGAGGGACAAGCAGGGAGAGGGAUGGCGUACGGGGUGAGCUCGUUGGGCCUGUCGCUACCGACGUGGGACCCGAUGCACGUGUCGUGGGAGAAGCUGGUGGAGUGCGCGGAGCAGGCGGCUUCCAGGGCUGGGCGAGACCGGCACGCCUUCAAGAUCGUGCAGAUGCCCGCUAGCCUGCUUGAGGUCACUGGGCUUGCCACGGCUCCGGCGAUGCAGAAGGCUGGUCUGAAGGUCAUGGCAUGCCACCCGCUUAGGGCGGCCACACCAGAAGGCAAGUUCGAGCUAGUGGACGACGCGCUGAGAGGAGGUCUGCCGAAGGAUUACAUGGACGUGUGCAGAGAGGUGCUGCAUCACUUCAACCUAGAGAUCCCCGAGGACCGAGAGCCCACAGAAGAAGAGGAAGAAAUUAGACAGGGGUGUCGUUUCCUUCAGCAGCUGGUGCAGGAUAUGAACACGCAGCUUACGAAGUUCACCUCCCUGGAACACUACGAGGCGGAGCUAGGGGGAAGCAUCACCCCGAUGAUAGCAGACAAGUUCGAGGCCCUCGACGACGACUCGGCAGAUCUGUUACAGGAACGAUGGCCGGCACUUGCGAGUGGAAUUUGCACACUACCAGUGGUUCCCUUCCGCCGCGGGAGCGCCUCGCUGACAAGGAAUAUGGUGGGUGGAGGCAACAGCAACAGCGGCGGUGGGGACCAAGGGGCGAUGUCAUUUUCCGGUUCGCAAGUCAAGGAUGGCGAGUUUACUGUGGAGACCAAGACCACCCCUGGAGUAGGUAGCAGAGAGGAGGCGGAGGAGGAGGAGGAGGAGGAGGAGGAGGAGGAGGAGGAGGAGGAGGAGGAGGAGGAAGAGGAGGAGAAGGAGGAGAAGACCAGCUCCACGAGAGAUUCAUCCAAGCGACGACGGACGACGUCUGCCCCGGCAACAUCUAAACUGAGCGGAGGAACUGGGUCGGCGGCACCAUCCAAGACGUCAAAGCGUAACAACGCCCGGCGCCGUGGACAGGGACGGCCUGUUUGCCAGGAGCCCGGGUGCACGACGCAACCAACUUUCGGCAAUAAGGGCAGCAAGAAACCGGAGUUCUGCUCUCCGCACGCCAAGCCGAAUAUGGUGGACGUUCACAACAAGACGUGCGGCCACCCAGGCUGCCCCACGCACCCAACAUUCGGUAAAGAUGGCACCAGAAAGGCGGAGUUCUGCGGUACACACCGCAAGCACGGCAUGGUCAGCGUCGUCGGGAAGAAGUGCAACCACCCGGGGUGCCUCAAGUUCCCGUCACAUGGUAAAGACGGUAGCUACAAGCGCGAGCUCUGUCAGGAGCACGCGGCACCGGGUAUGGUGAACGUCGUCAAAACGAGGUGCGGCCAUCCAGGGUGCUCCAAGUACGCCUCAAUUGGUGUAGAUGGCCGCACGAGGACGAAGGUGGAGUUCUGCCUAAAGCACGCUAGGGGAAAAAAGGUGAACACGCGCCUUCCGUGGCGGCCGGAGUCGUAG